AUGACCACAAGAGUAGGAGUGAUCAAAACCCAUCACUCACAUUCAGAUGUUCACAGAUUGGCUAUUCAGGGCAGAAAUGCAAGUAUAGAAAGAAUUGAAGAUGGUGACAGCAGCAAAGAAGAUGGUGAAAGUGAAAAACACACCAUGGACAAGAAAAAUAAAGAGAAAUCAAAGAGAACUAAAGAUAACCCCGAGGAACAAAAUAACGUUCAGAUUGAGAAGAAAGAAGUAUUCGUUAUUGAUCCUUCAGGAAACUUGUAUUACAACUGGCUGUUCUGCAUCACAUUGCCUGUCAUGUACAACUGGACCAUGAUCAUUGCUAGAGCCUGUUUUGAUGAACUUCAGAGCAAUAAUUUAGAAAUGUGGUUUAUUUUUGACUACAUAUCAGAUAUUAUCUAUGUUGCUGACAUGUUUGUUCGUAUAAGAACAGGCUAUCUGGAUCAAGGUUUGUUGGUGAAAGAAGAACGUAAACUUAAGAAAAAAUAUAUGGGAACUGUACAAUUUAAAUUAGAUGUACUGUCCAUCAUACCAACUGAUCUAGUUUAUUUCAAGUUAGGGCUGAACUAUCCAGAAAUAAGAAUAAACAGAUUGCUUAGAAUAUCACGAAUGUUUGAAUUCUUCCAGCAAACAGAAACAAGAACAAGCUACCCAAAUAUCUUCAGGAUCUCUAACCUUGUCAUGUAUAUUAUAAUUAUUAUCCAUUGGAAUGCAUGCAUGUACUUUUCAAUCUCCAAAGCCAUUGGCUUUGGUACAGACACUUGGGUCUAUCCCAACGUUACCCAUCCUGAAUUUGGCCGUCUUGCUAGAAAAUAUGUAUACAGUCUUUACUGGUCAACACUGACUUUGACAACUAUUGGUGAAACACCUCCUCCUGUGAGAGAUGCUGAGUAUUUAUUUGUUGUCAUUGACUUCUUAGUUGGUGUAUUGAUUUUUGCUUCCAUUGUUGGUAAUAUUGGUUCUAUGAUAUCUAACAUGAAUGCUGCCAGGGAAGAAUUUCAAGCAAAAAUUGAUGCUAUUAAGCAGUACAUGCAAUUUCGGAAUGUGAGCAAAAAUUUAGAAACAAGAGUUAUCAAGUGGUUUGAUUAUUUGUGGACAAAUAAGAAGGCAGUAGAUGAAAGAAAAGUUUUGAGGUUUCUCCCAGAUAAACUACGAGCAGAAAUUGCCAUUAAUGUUCAUUUGGAAACCUUAAAAAAGGUGCAGAUUUUUGCAGAUUGUGAAGCUGGACUAUUGGUUGAGUUAGUCUUAAAACUACAGCCUCAGGUGUACAGCCCUGGAGAUUAUGUCUGCCAGAAAGGUGAUAUUGGGCGAGAAAUGUACAUUAUCAAAGAAGGCAAGCUUGCAGUGGUAGCUGAUGAUGGAGUGACUCAGUAUGUUGUCCUAAGCAAUGGCAGCUACUUUGGAGAGAUUAGCAUUCUUAAUAUAAAAGGUAGCAAAGCUGGAAAUCGAAGGACAGCCAACAUUAGGAGCAUUGGCUAUUCAGAUUUGUUUUGUCUACAUAAAGAUGACCUAAUGGAGGCUUUGACAGAAUAUCCAGAUGCCAAGGCCUUGCUGGAAGAAAAAGGAAGGCAAAUCCUUAUGAAAGAUGGAUUAUUGGAUUUAGAAGUUGCACAUGCAGUAAGAGAACCUGAAGAUAUUGAGGAAAAAGUCUACCACAUAGAAGCAAUGCUAGACAAUUUACAGACAAGGUUUGCCAGACUUUUGGCUGAAUAUGGUGCUACACAGCAGAAACUGAAAACAAGGCUCACACAACUCGAGAACAUCAUGCUACUAUCUAAGGAUUUUGAUUUCUCGAAUUUAGAAGAAACAGAAAUAGUUUGGGAGAAUAAAGAAUGA